AUGUCCAGUCAGGCACCUCGAGCCAUGUCGCGUAGAGGCCACCAAGGCCGCCCGCGAACGGCCAACGAUGCCAAGAGUGAAACGUCGAAGCCCGCCAAGCCCAAGCCUCAGAAUGAGGGAGAGAAGCUAGUCGUUCGACGGCUGCCCCCGGGCAUGACCGAGGCCGAGUUCGUUGCCAUCCUCGGCCCCGAAUGGGAGGCCGGGCAGGGCAGGGUCGACUGGUUCAGUUAUCGCGAGGGCAAAAUCACGACCAACUCAUCAAAAGCGUCUCGUCCUGCGCGUGCCUAUAUUCGCGUCGUGCGCAAGGACUACAUCAUACCGCUCGACGAGGCCGUCCGCUCCAAGACCUGGGAGGACGCCAAGGGCAGCUUCAACGAUCCCUCGCUCGUCGGCCCGCCCACUGUCGAGUUCUGCCUCUACAAGAAGGUCCCGAGCAGCAAAAAGCGCACCGACGCGCGCGAGGGCACCAUCGACCAGGACCCCGGAUUCAUGGCUUUCCUCGAGAGCCUCGCCAACCCUGUGCAGCCAAAGGACAUAGAGGCCGACGAUGACGAAGUCGACAAGGACACCAGGGUCACGUCUACACCUCUCGUCGAGUAUCUGAAAGAAAAGAAGGCAAGCAAGGCUAAGGACAGUUCCUCUAGGAAGAGCGCCAAGGACGGUGGCAGCAGCAAGACCAAGGGCAGCAGUGCCAAGGAGGAUGCCGCCCUCAAGAAGAAGGGCAGGGGAUUUUCCAAGGAAGAAAAGAUUGAAAAGCCCAAGGAGACGGUCAAGAUACUGACCAAGAAGGCCGCCGCUACCGCGGAACCGCCCCCGGAACCUGCCAAGAGUGUCGCGGGGCAGAGCAGUGCCACCAACGGCGCCGAUGUUCCCAAGAGCCGCCGGGCCGGGAUAGCCGCGGCUGCCCGCAUCCUCCAGCGGGAUCUUGGACUGAGCCCCGGAAGUGCCCACAGGCGCGCACGCCAGGAUGCGGCCAAAGCCGAGACCAAACCCUCGGAGGGCAAGGAGGGAGCUGGGACGGCGCCUACUCCGAGUGCGGCUGCGGACACCGAGCGCGUCACAUCCCCUGCCCCCUCGGACGGUACGGCAUCCCAGGCCAACAAGGCCAGCAGCCAGACGGUAUCCAAGCCUUCUUCGGGUAGGAGAAACAGGGGCGGCAAGAAUGCCGACAAGGCGAAACCUAGCGACCCGACACCGGCUGCGCCACCGGCGCCGCCCAUCAUCCUCAAGAAGAGGCAGCCCGACGCUGCCGAGAACGAUCACAGCAACAGCAAGGCAGUGGAAGGGCCGGUCAGCAACGGCCAAGCGUCCAAGCCUACUCCGAGCUCGUCCUCCAAAGCGUCAUCCGGCAACAAGUCUGGGCAGAAGAAGCAGACGGGUAUCAGCGCCGACGCCACACGGGCCUUUGUCAAGCACGUGAGCACCUCGCAGGGCGUCACCGAAGCCACCCUCCGCCAAGCUCUCGAAAUGUUUGGCAGCAUUACCCUCGUCGAGGUGGACAGGCGCAAGGGCUUCGCCUACGUCGACUUUUCCAACAACGAGGGCCUGGCCAAGGCCAUGGCGGCUAGCCCCAUCAGCAUCGGGCAGGCGUCAGUUCAGGUCCUCGAGCGCAAGGACAAGAAGUCGGGUGGUGGCGGCGGCGGCGGCGGCGGCGGUGGCGGUGGCGGCGGUGGCGGCGGUGGCAGCAAUGGCAACAAUCAGGGAGCAGCAGCAGCCGGUGGAUCGGGCAGCAACAAUGCAGAGGCCGGUACCGCCUCUUCUGGAAAACCCGAAAAGGGGUCUGGUCGCGGGAGACGAGGCCGAGGCGGCGGCGGCGGUAACAAGAACGCGGGCAACAAUGACAAAGCCCAGCCGGCUAACGGAGACGGCGGCUGA